AUCCUGAGAGCCGGGUCUGUCUCAGGAGGGCAGGGAGCCUGGAGGAAGACAGUUACAUAAAUGCCAACUACAUCACGGGCUACGCAGGGCGGCCCCAGGAGUACAUUGCCACCCAGGGACCCAUGCUGAACACUGUGACCGACUUCUGGGAGAUGGUGUGGCAAGAAGAGGCACCCCUCAUCGUCAUGAUAACCAAGCUCCAUGAGCACAAAGAGAAAUGUGUCCACUACUGGCCCGAGAAGGAGGGCACCUACGGCCCCUUCACCAUCUGCGUGCAGGGAGUGAGCGAGUGCGUGGAGUACGUGGUCCGUGAUCUCUCCAUUCAGCUUGAAGGUGAAUGCCGCCAGGUCAAACACAUCCUCUUCCCAUCCUGGCCGGACCAGCAGACACCCGAGUCAGCCAAGCCCCUGCUGCACUUGGUGUCCAAGGUGGAAGAGACUCUUCAGGCUGCAGCCAGCCCAGGGCCCAUCGUUGUGCACUGCAGCGCAGGCAUUGGCCGGACAGGCUGCUUUAUCGCUACCAGGAUCGGGUGCCAGCAGCUGAAGGACAAGGGGGAGGUGGAUAUCCUGGGAAUUGUGUGUCAUCUCCGCAUAGACAGAGGCGGGAUGAUCCAGACGAGUGAGCAGUACCAGUUCCUCCAUCACACACUAGCUCUCUACGCUUCCCAGCUGCCGGAGGUGGGAAGCCACUAGCGCAGGGCUCCCACCGGGCUGCCU